AUGGACCCGCGGUCGGUCGCUCUGGAGCUGCUGGGGCUGCUGGCGGCGGGGGGGGCCUGGCUGUGCUCGCUGGCGACCACGCUGAUGACCAGGUGGUUGACGCUGUCCACGGCGCUGCUGCCCAGCCAGAGCUUCCAGCUCGGCCUGUGGGGGACGUGCGUGGUGCAGGACCCGGGGGGGCUGGAGUGCCGACCCUACCACAGCCUGCUGGGUCUCCCCCCCGACAUCAAGCUGGCCCGGAUCCUGAUGUGCGUGACGCUGGGCGCCGGGCUGCUCGCCGUGCUGCUGGCCGUCCCCGCCAUGCAUCUGGUGAAAGGCUGCGGCGGCCGGAGGGACGGCCUGAGCUGUAAGAGGAGCCUGAAGGCGGCGGCGGGGGGGCUCUGCCUGCUGGCCGGCGUCCUGGGACUCGUCCCGGUCUCGUACAUCGCCCACCUGACCGUGGUCCGCUUCUUCGACGAGUCGGUGCCGGACCUGGUUCCUCGCUGGGAGUUCGGAGACGCGCUGUUCUGCGGCUGGACGGCCGGGUUCCUGCACCUGGUCGCCGGAACGCUGCUCCUGACCUCAUGCCUGCGUCUGAGGAGGAGAAACUGUCCCGCCCCCGGCGCUCCGGGGCCGCCGCCAGGACGCCACCUCGCUCCGGGGCCGUCGCCAGGACGCCACCUCGCUCCGGGGCCGCCGCCAGGACGCCACCUCUUCAGGAGCGAGUACGUCUGA